AUGACCCAGCUUUUUGCAUCAACUCCCUCGGCAAUGAACGAAAAGCGCGGGAAUUUUCCCGGUCUCUCCCUUCCUACCCGCAAACACUCCAACGAGUCGGGCCAUUUACCAUCCAGAAUAAAGAACUUCUUCCGCAUAAACAGUUCAAGUAGCCAUUCUUCAUCCCACGGAGGCAGUCCGACCAGCAAUGAGCGCGAACGGGAAAACUCCCAAGGGGCAGCCCCGAAGAACGAAAAGUCCAGCGCUUUCCGACAAUCUCGUUUCCUGCCAGGUAUUGGCCGCAACCGCUCGCACACCGUCGCUAGUGAAGGAAAUCCGUUAGACGAUGGCGUUUCACCUACCGCCACUGCAAACCCGUAUUUCGCUCAUCAAGGCCAACCGGCACUGAGGCAUCGGAAUGAUGGGUCUGUGCCUUCCUCGCCACCAGAUACCCCCGAGUUGCAGGUCACCGGGGUUUCUGCGGCUGAACAGGCGAAUACUACAAAUAAGGAGGAAUUGGCGCGCAAAUUGCGUCGUGUUGCUUCUGCUCCCAAUGCUCAGGGACUGUUCAACAGCUCUGGCGAUGGCGGGCCUCAGACUGUCGAAAUGGAUAAAGAACCACUCGUUCAGUCUGCCGUUGUCGGUGAUACACUUACAGGUCUUGCUGUACCUACUGCCAGUGGGGAUGGCUUCCGUCGCACGUAUAGUUCGAACUCGAUCAAGGUCCGCAAUGUAGAGGUGGGACCUGCCAGUUUCGACAAAAUCAAGCUUAUCGGCAAAGGUGAUGUGGGAAAGGUUUACUUGGUUCGUGAAAAAAAAUCGAGUCGUCUUUAUGCUAUGAAGGUUCUAAGCAAGAAGGAAAUGAUUAAGCGCAACAAAAUCAAGCGUGCAUUGGCUGAGCAGGAAAUUCUUGCUACCAGCAACCACCCUUUCAUUGUUACCCUUUACCACUCUUUCCAGUCAGAAGAUUAUUUGUAUCUUUGCAUGGAGUAUUGCAGUGGUGGAGAAUUUUUCAGAACUCUGCAAACCCGACCUGGUAAGACUAUCAGCGAAGAUGCUGCUCGCUUCUAUGCCGCGGAGGUCACUGCUGCUUUAGAAUACCUACAUCUCAUGGGCUUUAUCUACCGAGAUCUCAAGCCGGAAAACAUCCUUCUGCACCAGUCCGGUCAUAUUAUGCUUUCAGAUUUCGAUUUGUCUAAGCAAUCGGGACCUGGUGGCGCUCCCACUAUGAUUCCUGGUCGUACCGGUGGUUCUUCUUCCGCUGCAUUGCCUACUAUUGACACCAAGUCAUGCAUUGCUGAUUUCCGUACAAACUCCUUCGUUGGAACUGAGGAAUACAUUGCACCAGAGGUCAUCAAGGGAUGCGGUCACACCAGUGCUGUUGAUUGGUGGACUUUGGGUAUCCUGAUCUAUGAGAUGCUUUUUGGAACUACACCUUUCAAGGGAAAGAACCGGAAUGCGACAUUUGCUAGCAUCCUGCGGGAUGAGGUGCAAUUCCCUGAAAGCACUGGCAAUCAGCAGAUUUCUAACUUGUGCAAGUCCUUGAUUCGUAAAUUAUUGAUCAAGGACGAAACCAAGCGUCUCGGUGCUCGUGCAGGUGCCUCUGAUGUUAAGACCCAUCCUUUCUUCCGCACAACUCAGUGGGCGCUGAUCCGUCACAUGAAACCACCUAUGAUCCCUCACCAGGGUCGAGCUGGUACCGAUACUAUUAACUUCCGCAAUGUCAAGGAAAGUGCCAGUGUGGAUAUUGGAGGUACGCAAGACGCUGCGAAAAUGCCGGGCGUACCGAUGGAUUCCGGUCUCGCCACUCCUAAUGGGGAGUUGAAUGAUCCUUUCGAGGAGUUCAACAGCGUUACUCUUCAUCACGAAGGAGAUCAUUGA